GCAGUGGCGUCCCGAGGCAGGUGCGGGGGGUGCGGUCCGCACGGGGUGACACCGGACCCGCUCCACAAAAAGGCAAGUUGUAAAGAAAGCCCACGAACCCCACAGAAUGGAUCAGAUCUGUGGAUUGAGCAUAAUGGAUCGGAGUCUGAUCUAUUAUGCUCAAUCCGCAGAUCCGAUCCGUUCUGCGGGGAUCGUCAGAGGGGGUGUCACCAAGUGUUACCGCACCAGGUGACACCAACCCUA